AUGUCGUCCCCCAAUUCGACCCUGCGACACCGGGGACCAAAAGAGAAGAAUAAAGCUACAGUCGGCGGGGACAACGACGAUGAGGUUUUGAACAAGGCACUCAACAAUGUGCAGAAGGGUCUGACCAAAGAAUGGGACUAUAAGCUGGCUCUAGGGGUAAUUACUGCCCUUGCGUUUGCAACCCGGUUCUUUGGGAUCAGCCAUCCCAAUGAGGUCGUCUUUGACGAAGUGCACUUUGGAAAGUUCGCAUCCUACUAUCUCCAGCGCACGUAUUUCUUCGACGUACACCCUCCCUUUGGAAAGCUCCUCUUUGCCUUUGUGGGCUGGCUUGUCGGUUAUGAUGGACAUUUCCUGUUUGACAAUAUCGGUGAAUCCUACAUCACCAACAACGUUCCCUACCUUGCGUUCAGAGCACUACCUGCGUUCCUCGGAGCCCUUACCGUGGUGGUCGUCUACCUCAUUAUGUGGGAAUCGGGGUACUCGCUCCCAGCGUGUGUAUUGGCGGCUGGACUGGUUCUCUUCGACAACUCCCACGUAGGCCAAACCCGGUUGAUUCUGCUGGAUGCAACGCUGGUCUUCUUCGUGUCGCUCAGUAUUUAUUGCUACGUUCGAUUCUACAAGCAGCGGCACGAUCCUUUUGGCCGAAAGUGGUGGAAGUGGCUUCUUCUGUGCGGCUUCUGCAUGAGUUGUGUUAUUUCCACCAAAUACGUCGGUGCCUUUACCUUCUUCACCAUUGGAUGCGCAGUCCUCAUCGACCUUUGGGAUCUGCUCGAUAUCAACCGGAAAGACGGCCCCUUGGAUCUUUUCACCUUUGGCAAGCAUUUCGUGGCUCGCGCGCUCGGCUUGGUCAUCAUACCUUUCUUCUUCUACCUGUUCUGGUUCCAGGUCCAUUUCGCCAUUUUGAGCAGAUCUGGGCCAGGGGACGACUUCAUGACCCCAGAAUUCCAGGAGACCCUGAGCGACAACUUGAUGCAUCAAGCGUCCGUCGACAUCCAAUACUACGACUACAUCACCCUACGCCACAAGGACACGAAGGUGUAUCUGCACAGUCACCCAGAUCGAUACCCUCUGAGAUAUGACGAUGGCCGAAUUUCGAGUCAAGGUCAACAAGUCACGGGUUACCCCUUCAACGAUACCAAUAACGAAUGGCAAAUCCUGCCCAAUACUGUAGUCCCUGACCCCUCGAUGUCGGGAAAACCGGUUUUGAACGGCGACGUCGUCAAGCUUCGACAUGUGGUGACCAACACCCUGCUUCUGACCCACGACGUUGCAUCCCCCUACUUCCCUACCAACCAGGAGUUUACCACCGUACCCCCUGAGGUUGCAGCCGGAGACCGCCACAACGACACUCUGUUCGAAAUCCGCAUGGAACAAGGCAAAAAGGGCUCCCCAUUCAAGACCAUGUCUGGCCAAUUCAAACUGAUCCACUACCCGACCAAGGUCGCCAUGUGGACGCACACGACCCCUCUGCCGGAGUGGGCUUUCAAACAGGCAGAAAUCAACGGCAAUAAAAAUGCCCAACAGUCGUCGAACAUCUGGUAUGUGGACGACAUUCCCAACCUUCCUGAGGAUUCCCCGCGCCGAGUGAAGGAGGUCAAGAAGACCAAGUCCUUGCCCUUCUACAGGAAAUACAUCGAACUGCAGCGUGCCAUGUUUUACCACAACAACGCGUUGACGGCUUCUCACCCAUAUGCAACCCUACCCUACCAAUGGCCCUUUUUGUUGAGGGGAGUCAGCUUUUGGACCCAGGACUCGACCAAGCAGCAGAUUUACUUCCUGGGAAAUCCCAUUGGAUACUGGAUCGCGAGUGCCUUGUUGGCUGUCUUUGCCGGUAUCUUGGGUGCAGACCAACUGAGUCUGAGGAGAGGCAUUGAUGCGCUUGAUCGUCGUACCCGCUCCCGCCUUUACAACUCGGCAGGCUUCUUCUUUCUCUGCUGGGCCGCGCACUACUUCCCCUUCUACCUCAUGGGCCGUCAGCUGUUCCUCCACCACUAUCUCCCUGCCCAUCUCGCCUCGUGCCUCGUGACGGGUGCCCUCGUCGAAUUCAUCUUCAACGUCGACCCUGCCGUUGACGACGAGACCCACCACGCCGUGCAACAGAAGAAAGACAAAGUCACGGGCAAAAUCCCAGAGAAGACGAGGAAACACUUCCAGACUGCCGCCGAGAGACUCAAGGGCCAGAGCAUGCUGGGCACUUGGAUCGCGACGGCCGUCAUCCUGGCCGCCGUCCUGUACGGGUUCUACUUCUUCUUCCCACUGACGUACGGCUGGCCGGGCUUGACUCCCGCUCAAGUGAAUGCGCGCAAGUGGCUCGGGUACGAUUUGCAUUUCGCAAAGUGA